GGGCGGUGCGGCUCUCAGCACCAAGUGUCCCUGACAGGUUUGUGUGCCGCCAGCGAGCCCUCACAUGUUGCGCGCCCCCCCCGCCUCCGCGCCCUUCUAUAGAGUUAGAAAGGGAGGGGCUUAAGGAGGAGUUGCUGGCCCGGCUGUGACCGAAGAGGGACGGAAGACCAAGGUGAUGCAACUUCCAAUCGCCCCAGUGUUGGCGGAAAAAAGCCAUAUAUGUCCGGCAGACCUCAGCCGAAGGACGAGCGCUCACCUCCGCGCAUAGAAAAGUUUCUGGAUUAGGGCAGAAUUAACACAAAGCAGCGACGCCACUCCAGCUACACUUGCAAACAACUACAGAAGAGGCAAGAGGGGGGACCGAGACACAGAGAGCAACGCUACGGGGUGCAGACACUCGAGCGAACCGCAGCCACCUCAGAAAACUUCAAACUCUGAUAGCGAGAGGCGGACGAGUCCAUCCCAGAGAGAGAGAGAGAGAGAGAGGCAGCAGAGAGGCAGGGGAUCUUCGCAGGCAAGGUCCUGAAGGAUGGAAGAGAAGCAGUUUGCUGGGAUCCUGAACGGAGCAGUUCCAGGCGAGCCAGUGAAAAAGGAUGAAAACUCCCGGAGAGGGAAUUGGGGCAACCAGAUUGAGUUUGUCCUCACCAGCGUGGGCUACGCUGUGGGCCUGGGCAAUGUCUGGAGGUUUCCCUACCUCUGCUACAGAAAUGGAGGAGGUGCCUUCAUGCUACCAUACUUCAUCAUGCUGGUGUUCUGUGGCAUUCCUCUCUUCUUCCUCGAGUUGUCCUUUGGUCAGUUUGCCAGCCUUGGAUGUCUGGGAGUCUGGAAGAUUAGCCCUAUGUUCAAAGGUGUGGGCUACGGCAUGAUGGUGGUGUCCACCUACAUUGGGAUCUAUUACAAUGUGGUCAUUUGCAUUGCAUUUUACUACUUUUUCAUGUCCAUGACAAACCUGCUGCCAUGGACCUACUGCAACAACCCCUGGAACACGCCGGACUGCAGCGGGGUGGUGAGCCCCCAGUUCAACGCCAGCCUGGCUAACGCUACCACCAGCCUGGUGGCAGGGGUGUCUGAGGUAGUCAACCGCACCAAGAGGACCAGUCCCAGUGAGGAGUACUGGAAACACUAUGUGUUGAACAUCUCUGAUGAUAUUGGGAACUUUGGAGAGGUUCGUCUCCCUAUCCUGGGCUGCCUGGCUGUGUCCUGGUGUGUCGUCUUUCUCUGUCUUAUCAGGGGUGUUAAAUCCUCUGGAAAGGUGGUGUACUUCACGGCCACAUUCCCCUAUGUGGUUUUGACCAUCCUGUUCAUCCGUGGCAUCACCCUGGAUGGAGCCAUCAACGGUAUCAAGUACUACCUGACUCCACAGUGGCAGAAGGUCCUCGAUGCAAAGGUGUGGGGAGAUGCCGCCUCACAGAUCUUCUACUCCCUGGGCUGUGCUUGGGGGGGUCUCAUUACCAUGGCUUCCUACAACAAGUUCCACAACAACUGUUUCAGAGACAGCAUCAUCAUCAGUAUAACAAACUGUGCAACCAGUGUGUACGCCGGCUUCGUCAUUUUCUCCAUCCUGGGCUUCAUGGCACACAACCUGAACGUCCCCGUGUCCGAGGUGGCUGACCACGGCCCGGGGCUAGCCUUUGUGGCCUACCCAGAAGCCCUCACUCUGCUUCCCAUCUCACCACUCUGGUCGCUGCUCUUCUUCUUCAUGCUCAUCCUUCUCGGAUUGGGGACUCAGUUCUGUCUGCUGGAGACCCUGGUGACGGCCAUCGUGGAUGAGAUCGGUACAGACUGGAUCAUUAGAAACAAGACUGUAGUCACCCUGUCAGUGGCCAUCGCUGGAUUCCUACUGGGAGUGCCACUAACGACACAGGCAGGAAUCUAUUGGCUGCUACUGAUGGACAACUAUGCUGCUAGUUUCUCUUUGGUCAUCAUCUCCUGCAUCAUGUGCAUCUGCAUCAUGUAUAUUUAUGGUCACAGGAACUACUUCAAAGAUGUUGAGAUGAUGCUGGGAUUCCCUCCUCCUCUCUUCUUCAAAGUCUGCUGGAGAUUCAUCUCCCCUGUCAUUAUCUCUUUCAUCCUGAUCUUCACAGUGAUUCAGUACAAGCCCAUCACCUACAAUGACUACGUGUAUCCCGGCUGGUCUCUGGCUAUUGGUUUCGCCAUGGCUCUGUCCUCAGUGGUCUGCAUACCCAUCUACGCCCUCUACAAGAUCUCAAAGUCUCCAGGAGCCACCUUCAGAGAGCGGUUGAAGAACGCCUGCCGAUCACAUCCAAAGUGGGGCCCUGCCCUGCAGGAGCACCGGACAGGCCGCUACGCCCCCAUGGCCUCUGAAGACACUGUGGAGGCUCGUCCCCUCAAGGAGAAGGAGGAGCUGAAGGAGGAGCUGAAGGAGGAGGACAAGGAGAAGGAGAGGAGGGAUGAAAUCAGCCUCACCAUCCAGGGAAGCAACGGCUCCACCAAUACACACAACAACCCCAACCCCAGCGCAUAGACGGCACCCCACUCUUUCAGCACUACCGGGCAUGGACCCCCGCGCCCCACCAUCUCCUCCUUCUCUUCCUCCCUUUCCUCCCUUCUCCUCCAUCCUCACCCCACUUUCCCACAGUCCUCUGUGGGGGAGAUCCCAUUCGCUGGAGACCUUUACAUAUUGUAAGGGCUUAUUAUAUCUAUCCUAACCUCUUCUAUCUAUCUGUGUGUUGUCUCUAGAUAAACGAAGAAAAAAAACGAAAGGAAGAAAAAAUUGGGUCAUCAUCCAAAAGAUUUGUGUGUAUGUUAGAGUGUGUGUGUGUGCGUGUGUGUGUGUCUGUGUGUGUGUGUGUGUGUGUGAGUGGGUUGUUAAUUUCUUCAACAUAAUUUAAUAAUGCGGUUUGUUUUUCCUUUCUUUUUUUUGUAAGACUUGUAUAUGUCAUCUUCAUAUGCAGUUAGAGGUACAGUAGAUUGUGAAGCUGCAUGUCUUUGUUUUGUGCAUGCAGCAACAUAGAGACGCACACUGUUCUCCUUUAUUCUGUUAGCUGGCUCUGUUUGGGAUUGGUGACUUUCUAGCGGCGGUGAAUGGACAGCCGGAGACUUGUUGUGGUGCUGUAACAUAGAGGAGGAGGGUGAACUGUGCCUGUACUGGCCAUUUCCAGUCUGAUGAUGCUGAAAUAUGGAAAUAGUCUCAAUUUCAUGGCCAGAAAAAGAGGCGGAUACACUCAUUCACACUCAUACACUCACACUAUUGUACAUUUUACAGCACACAGUGACCUCAACCAUAGUUGAUCUCAGCUUAAGACUAAGCCUGUGGUUUUUUAUGCUGCUUCUUCUUUAAAAAUAUGUUCUACAGAGCACAAAUAUUUAACACCCGAGAUGGCGACUGACACUUAGGGCUGAUUUUGUGUGGAAAUUUCCUCCAUUUGUAACUUUUUCCACUAAAGCUGCUUAAACUCAGCAGAGAAACAUCGGUAAACUUUA